AUGGUGGCUUCCGGAGGCGGCGGCAUAGGCGGAGAUGGGCAGGGAGGCGCGGGGCCAUGGCCAGUCGCCGCCUUCACUUUGGUCCUUUUUGGACCCGAACUCUUCGGUCUCGCACGGACGGCCUUUGGCUUCACCGCCGACCCAGCACCGGGGACCGCCCCUGCACCGUCUUGCGGGAGCAGAUGCGUUCCCGCGCGCCACCUCUUCACCGCAGUCGUCGACGAGACCGCGGGGGUCACGGGGGUGGGAGCGGUGGCCGGGAUUGUUGGUGGAGCGGCAGAAGCUCCAGCGACCACGGGAGAGGGUGUCGGCGCCGGCGCGGUAGCAACGGCAGCCGGCGGGGUAUCAACGGCGGCCGGCGGGGUCGAUUCAAGACUCAUCGGGGACAAAUCGGAGGGUGGUGGCGCAGAGGAAGCGAGGGCACACAGAUCGGCGGCGGCGGCGGUUGGGACGAGCUGA